AUGUUCGCCAUUCCUGUGCCCAGCGAUGAAGCCAUGAUCAACCCGCCGACGACUAUAUUGAGCGCGUUGCGAAGACAACCGCUUUCGACUCUGACGCCCCUUAUGGAUGCGGUAGAUCUGUUCCCUUCUUUCAUGUCAUCAGAUGCGAUGUUCCCUACGUUGCUGGACACCGUGGAUCCGCGGAUUAUUCAACCUUGCAUGCAGGAUAUGGAUGGAACGUUGAGCGGCGUCAAUGGUCUGGUGGAUCCGUAUCUUCUAGCCAAUGUGACGCAAUCGCUUGCGAACGCCGACACGUCUUACCUGCAAACAUGGCCUCGAACGAUACGCUCUCAAGAAGAAGGCAACCAGCAUCAGGUGGAACACCCUAGGAAUAUCGGCAGUUCUUCGAUCGACGUCGUUGCGCCGGGGCCUGCGCUCCAAUCUCUUAUGAUGGAUUCCCCAGGAGGACCUUCGAUUCCGCAUCCGUCCGUGCAUAACGUACAGUCUCCACAAUUCCCAACCGACUCUUUCGCAAACGCCUCGUCACAGUAUCCAACCCCUAAUGCUAUACCCACCCUGGUGAAGCAUAGAUCGCAAUCACAGGGCUAUAUCGAUCCCGGAAACUCGUCGCCACAUCUGCCUCCGCCGACGCCUGUUGACAAGUUGCGUCCGCAAGUGACGUUUGCUACACGAGUUCAAGGCUCUCCGGAUCCAUUGAUGUCGAAUGUCGUUUCAAAGAAAGAGCACCCGCCGAAAGUGCAUACAGGGGCACAGUUUCCCCUGAGUGGCCCGAAAACCCCUGAACCCUCGGCGCCAGCGAAAGCCAGAUCAUUCCUGGGUGUGGAAAUCGUGAGCUCGGGAAGAAAGGUCCCUGCGUCGCUGAUCAUGGCUCAGAACAAUGGAUUACCUGAGAUCGUGUCUCCCGCUUUGUCACAGAACCCGUCUACGGCCUCGAAUGCAGAGACGCCGUCAGCGAUGAUCAAGGCAAGGCAACGAAGCACCACGAACGAUCCCGCAGCCAUUGUCAAAAGGAUGGAAAAACUCAUCGAUUCAAUCCUGGCGGAGGAGCAGAACCGAGCUGAUCAGACUGCACAAUCUGCGGAGCCCGAUGUUGAUGCAGCUGGGAAACAUCUGGAUGACGAUGGCACGUUAUCGAGCUCAGCUCUGACUUCCCUGCAGCAGUCUUUUCGAAAGGUGGAAAAGGCCGGAUGUGUGGCGCUCUUGACGGAAAAGGUCGAACCGCUGUCCCUCAAGCGCUUGAUGAAGCUGCUCGAAAGCAGGAUCAAAGAUUUGGAGUUUGUCGAUGCCGGGGUGCGGACCAAAGAGAGCACUCGAACGCCGAAGAAGAAACGAAAGUCCAUGGGGCCGGCAGACAGACAUGCGGCAGAAAACCCAGAAGAUUCGGAAGUCCCGCAGGUGGAUCAGGACAAUGACGACGAGUCCUUGUUUGUCUCCAACUUGACAAGCUUUCUGCAUCGCGUCAAUUGCAGUCUUGAUGCUUGCAGGGUGGCGUUCAUGUUCUAUGGCCUCCUGGUGGAGCAUGGAGUGCCAAUGCAUCAGCUUGCGGAGUUAGGAUACAGCGAGGAUAUGAUACUGUCCGGUGUCAAUCUGCUGAAGACUCAACUGGUGGAGACCAUCUACGCCAUCACAGAAGCUUCAGCGGAUGUUGGUGACAAUGCCAGCUCUCAGGCCAAAGCUCUUCAAGCAGCGUUCGACCACAGCAGGCUUAAGAGCGUCCUGUCUCCCUUGAUCGUGAAGAUCUAUGAUAUCAUGGGCAGCAUCUGCGUACUUUUGACAAACAAUGCGCUGGGGGAUGACAUCGUGAUACCGCUUGCCUUUGUUGCACUCUCCCCAUUCUUUGUCCCUGGGAUCCAGGCCGCGGGCUCGUCGUCAUCGGCUAGUCUCGGCUUGGACAAGAUCGAGAUGCGAGGAAUCGACAUCUGCCGCACCAUUUUCAGCAAUCAUGCGAAUCAUCGAACUUUCAUACUGGAUGAGCUGUGUGCCAAUCUGAUCAAGCUCAUUCCAUCGAACAACACGGCUACAAGUAGCAAACGCAUGCCGAGGCAGUAUCGUUUGGCGGACGGGAAAAACUCGAUACAGAUGGUCACGGCGCUGAUUCUGCAGUUGAUGCAGAGCUGUUGCUCUGGGGCGGCUUUGAUUUCUACAGCAAAAGAUGCGUGGAGCAAACUGAGAACGGAUGAACAAGAGGAGCGCGUUCCGGUUGCCACUGCACUUGUCGAAGGAUCGAGUAAUAAAAAGAAGCUGAAACGGGCUUCGGACUCCGCCGCAGAUGGCCAGGUCGAGGCAGAAACCCCGUCGAAGGAGUUCCCGGAGAUAUCCAGAGUCGUCCUCGCAUGCAAGCAACAUGUUGAUGCAAUGUCGCAGUGUGCGCAUUACGUGUUCAAGUUUCUAGUAUCCAGGAGCACACUGAAUACCUCGGAUGCUUAUCAAGGCAAAGACAAUUUGGUCAAGAACAAGCGCGGAGCGAUCUCCAAUGAGGCCGAGUACAAAGUCGUUUUGGAGCAUAUUUUCAAAGACUUGCUGGUUGUGCUGAAAACACCUGAAUGGCCUGGAGCCGAUGUUGCUCUCACGGUCUUGGGUAGAGUACUGGUCCAAGCGCUUGAUGAUACCAAAAAGCAAGGUGACACCGCCAUCAGGGUUCUGGCGAUCGAGAUGCUUGGCGAAAUUUGCGCGAAGCUACGAACAACGCGGGAAGUGUCGCCUGUCGUUACCUCCGCGUUACUGGGCAUUAAGGACUUCGUCGGUGCGGAGUGGGGCAAAGAGUCCGCUCCAGAAAGUAUCACCGCCGUCAGCUAUAUCCAAAAUUGGAUCGCAGAUUGGCUGGAGAUCGCAAGUUCGGAUGAUCCGGCGUUGAAGCAUGCGCAAUUGACAUUUUUAUGCACUUGGGCGGCUACCGUCGGAGUGGAUAGCUUUGCAAAAUGGCCAAAAGCCGUGAAAGACACUGUACGGAAAGUGAUCUUGCACUAUUCGGGAACCAUUUUGCAAACUCAAGUGCCGAAAGAAGAUGCUCUCGAUAUCACACCGAUGCCAAUUGCACUGAAAGACCUUUCUACUCCGACAUUGGAUACCCGACCGCUCAUCGAGUCGUGCGUCGAGCUUCUGUCCGCACGUCAACCGCUGGCUCAAUCGUUCGAUGCCUACCUUCUCCGCAUCGGUUCUGCGCUGGAUUCUGAUGUGGUGGCCCUCCGUGCGAAAGCAUUGAAAGCUAUGCAGGAGGUGUUUAUGGCCGAUCCGUCAGUCCUCCGCGUUGGCAGCGUCAGGAAAGUUAUCGAAGCAAGACUAGUCGACCAGAGCCCCAGCGUGAGAGAUGCCGCAAUUGAGCUCGUUGGCAAGUUCUUGGUGAAUGACCGUGGAGAUGCUAUCGUCGCGGAGUAUUAUCCACCGAUUGCUGCUCGAAUCAUGGAUGUUGGCAUCACUGUUCGGAAACGUACCAUCCGUCUGCUCAAAGACAUCUUUGUUCGAUUGCACAAAGUGGAGAACGAAACUCUUCGCCCCAUCAAGCCUGACAUCCUUGUGCGUCUACUCUCGAGAUUGAGCGAUGAGGAAGACACCGUAAAGGAUCUCGCUAUUAAAUCCGUGCAUGAAAUUCUACUUAGCCCGUUUGCCUUUGCACGGGAGAGCGGUCAGCUUGCUUCGCAGGCACACGGUGACUCGCAUCCUUACCAAGCGUGGGCUACUCUUGCACCAUCGGCGCGAACUGAGAUCCGCGAGCGAGCACUGCUAUUGGUCGCCUCAUUGAAGGGCUCGUCGACAGAAACCUCCGACGCCUUCAAAAAACUUCUUGACAGGAGCCUGAUCAUUCCAUCGAAGGCUGCAAGGGAGGAUGUCUUCAACGUCUGCAAGAGUUUGGUGGAAUGCUUUAUGGAGGAGAUUCUGUGUUUGGAGGAGAAAGAGAGCAAGGAGCCUAUUAUGGAGAUUUUGUUUGUCCUUCUUCAAUUUAGUGAGGUAUACCCGGCCUUGCUUGCGUCGCACGUGAAAACGUUGCAAACCUACCUGGGCAGCUCUGCGGUGUCAGAAGCAGCGCAGACCGCGGAGGCUCUGGUGGAACAGCGAAUGAAGCAAGCAGUCAUCAAGAUUCUAGAAAACAUCAUUCCGUUCCUGGAAGACCCGGAUCUGCAGAAUCUGACGGCCAUCGAAACGGAUUUGGUGCAAGCUCUGAACCGCGGAAGUACUCCGCUAGUGCUGGUCGCGGCCCCAUGCUUAUGCUCGAUCGUGGAACACGUCACUCAUCACACGGAGAAGUUGACGAUGCUCCUUCGAAGAUGUGUGGAGUUUGCACAGCGCACGCGGAGCACAGUUCAAGCGAAUCAGGCGGUACCCGAGUCUGGAUGGCGUGGGACUUGGAGGUCCUUGCUCCUGACUGGGCAGUUUGUCCGAUACUUUCCAUUUGAUGCGAAACGCGCGUCAUUGACUGGAACAGCUGCUGAGGACUUGGACAAGCUGACUCCCGGGUCCAUCUCGACACAUGUCUGCGAUUUGCUACUCUUUUUCGUCAGCCCGGCCGUCAAUAAUAGCACCAAGUACGCUGCUCUUGGAACACUUGGCGAUAUCUUUAUCACCUUUCCGCGGCUCAUGUUGAAACCGGAGUGCCGACAAGUGAUGAACUCUGUGUUCGUUGGGCAAGCCCUAGCUUUGAAGAUGCGCCUUCUUACGACAUUCCGAGAUUACCUGCAACAUGAACAGAAGCGGGAUUUAGAAAAGAAAAGGAACGCGGAACUUGUCGGUCAAGACGGUGUAGACAUCAAGGUUCUCAUCGGCAACGCAGACGAGAUGGGAGACGCAGGAAUCAGCUCUUCUAUCAUGCAAAUGUACCUGGAUAGAAUUCUGGACUGCAUGAUGUGCAACAAUGACGGCCUCACGCGCACAGCUUUUGAUUUGAUUGAGAUAAUCUUGGAGCAGGGACUGGUGCAUCCCUUACUGUGCAUGCCUGCCAUCGUAGCGAUGGAAGCUUCGCCCUCCACAGACAUCCGCGGUCGUGCUAGUCGAUCGCACCAUCGUUUGUACGAGAAGCACACGAGUUUCAUCAACUCGAAGAACAUGGAUUGCGUGAAGCAUAUGUACAAGUAUCUGGCCAUGAUCAACCCUCCAAACGGUCGGGAGUCUUCCGUUCAAGGAUAUCUGGUAGUCAAGAGCAGCUUGGAGCCAUCCUCAUUACCGGAACCGUACCUGGGGCGGAUGUACGCCCUCGUCCAGGCGAAGCGACCACGGAGGAACGAGUUCCUUGGGAAUAUGGUCAAGCAGAUGGAUGUCGACUUGAGUGGGAAGAUUACCAUGGCCCAUAUUGGAUUAUGCCGCUUCAUUGCCGAAAACCUGACCCUCUUCCCUUACAAAACGCAAGAGGAAGUCUUGACGGUCAUAUACCACGCAUAUCGCGUCUUAUCCGUCACUGGGGAGACGAUCCUUAGGGAAAUCGAAAAGAGCGAGAACGGAGAACCGUCUGUUGAGGUCUCCCUUUCAACCCUCGCCCAUGCGUCUGUUUGCAUGGGGAUAUUGCUGGUUUUGAAAACACACCUUCAGGCUCUGUAUACCAUUUCGGCGAGUCGGCUAUCGGUUUUCAAACCGAAUGAGGGAUCGCGAGCGAGUGAGAAACCGGCGGUUCGCAACCCGCAGGUCUCGUUUGACUUUACCUGGUGCCGAAUGCCGUUUGCGUUGGUGACCGCUUUUGAGAACGAGGAUGAGAUGAAGGAUCAAUGCAUACAGUUCCAGGAACUGAUGCACUCAGACUACACCGCGGGCCACAACCUCAACGACCCCGACGCAGACGACCACGACGGCGGCGAGAUACCCCUAAAUGACGAAUCUUUCGUCGACAAGGCCGGCCAGACAGUCAUCACCGUUCCCGACGAGUCGAUACCAACCCGCGGGACGUACACAGAGAGCGCGUCGAGUCCGAUACCUAAACAACCCAAGCGACGCCCCUCGACAAGAGUGAGCGAAGGCGCACCGGCGGCGGGCUCAAAUAAGAAGCGAAAGGGUGCGGAUGGAGGAUCGAGAGGGGCGUCGGCGGCGGAUUCGGGCCCGCCUUCGCCGACGCAGCAGCCGAGGAAACGGCGGCGAAAGAGUCGGGCGAAUGUGCUUUCGGAUGAGGAUUGGGAGUGA